UUGACCCCGUUUUCUUUCACUACAUGAUAUUUUUCCACCAUGAAUUCAGACGCAGUUUUAUUGUUAGAGACAGUUAAUUUUGCCGCAGAGAAACAUCGUAACCAGCGCCGUAAAGACCCAGAGGGAACGCCUUACAUUAAUCACCCCAUCGGAGUGGCGAGAAUCCUAAGCCAUGAGGGAGGCAUCACAGACAUUGAGGUUUUGCAAGCUGCUCUGCUUCAUGACACAGUGGAGGACACGGACACCUCUACUGUAGAGCUUGAAGCAAAUUUUGGACCAAUUGUGGCCCGUAUUGUUCAGGAGGUGACGGAUGACAAGAGCCUGCCCAAACAGGAGAGGAAGCGUCUGCAGGUGGAACAUGCACCUCACUGCAGCCGCCAAGCCAAACUGGUCAAACUGGCUGAUAAACUAUACAACCUGAGGGAUCUGAACCGCUGCACCCCUGCCGGUUGGACAGAAGAGCGUGUGCAGGAGUAUUUUGCAUGGGCCUGUGAGGUGGUGAAAGGCCUUAAAGGAACCAACUUGGCUCUGGAGGAGAAGCUAGAGGAGCUGUUUAAACAGAAAGGGGUCCAGCUCUGACAACAUGGAUGCAACACAACAGCAGAGAGCAGGCUGUUCAGAUUGCAAAUGACAUGCGUUUUCAUUUGUAAAUAUGGAAAUAAAUCAUAUUUCACAUA